AUGAGCUCCCCUUCCCAAACCCCUAAUCCGUCCCCUACCCAGUCCCCCUCCCAGUCCCGAACCAACCAUACCAGCAACCCUGCCAACCAGCAGCCCUACUCCAGCUCGGGUGGCCCCGCCCCUUCCCCACCCCCCAUCCGGGGGUCUACCUCCCGCUCCCCCUCUCACCCUCCCACCCCGCCCACCUCCCAGCCCUCCUCCCGGGCUCCCUCCCUGACCCCCAGCCCUCACGCCCAGCACGUGCCUCGAUCCUCUGUCCAAAACCCCACUCCACCGGCCUCCAAAUCUCCUUCCCAGUCCGGCUUGAAAUCCGUCUCUCGAAACCCCUCCCAGACGCCCACCUUGCCCCUCGCCCCGUCGCCCUCCCGGAGCCCCGUCACCUCGGCCUCCUACAUCGGGUGCAUCCCGAGCAUCCCGGCCUACAUCGCCCCCUACGUGUCCCGCUUCCUGAAGGAACCCCCCUUCUUCCAGCCCCCAACAGCUCCGCUGCCCCUGGGCUCCAGCGACCAGCGCCCCCGCUCGCGGGAGCGGGCGCUGCCCCCCGACUCCCUCUACUUCCCCCUCCUGCCGCCCCCGCCGGCCUACCCGCCUGCCGGCGUCUCCUACCGGACCCCGCCCGCCCUGCUCAUGCCCCCCUGCUCGCUCACCUACACGCCGCCCCCCGAGGUGCUGGUGAGCGGGAAGCCGCCCGUGGUGCCCUCCGUGCUGCCGGCCACCUUCUACACGCCCUUCUCCCGCUACUACUCGCAGCCGCGCCCCCACCGCCCUGCGCCCCGCCGCCGGCCCAGCGGCUUCCCCUUCUCCUCG